AUGAAAUCUCCCUUGCCAUCAGACCUAAAAUCCAAGACGGUUGUGGUCACCGGAGGCGCCAAUGGCAUUGGUGCAGCAAUUGUCGAUUCUUACGCACGCCUCGGCGCGAAUAUAGUGAUCGCAGAUCUCCCAUCCGCCUCCUCUUCCGCGAACAAGAUCAUUAAUUCUGUCACAGGUGGAGGCCGUAUGAUUUUUGUCCCCGCUGAUAUCACGAAUUGGUUUUCUAUGGUUGAUUUGUUCAAAACCACGAAAUCAAAUUUUGGAAGAGUGGACAUCGUCGUUGCGAAUGCAGGAAUCAUGGAAACUAAACCUUUCUUCGAUUUUGAUGUCGACAUCAGUACGGGAGAUCUUAAGGAGGAACCAGGUCUUGCGAGGGUGAUUGAUGUCAAUCUUAAGGGGACAAUGAACAGUAAGCGCAUAAUAGUCUGCAUCGUGGCCCCAGAUCUAGUCAGAAAUAUGCACGAUUCAUAUGAUGCUCAGGAUCGCAGAGAGUUACUGAUUUAA